AUGUACUAUCUUUUACUACUUUUUCUCUCUUAUUUCUUUAUUAAAUCAGAGGUUCUUUCUGAAAAUAAUCAUCAUUAUAAUAAAGAAUAUCACGUAAAUCCUAAUAUUCCCACCACACAAAAUUAUUUACGUGAUGCAGAAAAAUUUUCUGAAGUUAAAGGUAAAAUAUUGGAUAUCAAUUAUGUAUUAGAUAAAGAAGAAACGCCAUUUAAUAAAGAAAAAGAACAAAAUGUUUCUUUAGCACAUACACAAAUAAAUAAUUCAGGUAUUAGUAAAAACUUAAAACAAAAGAAUGAAAGAAACCCAGAAAAAGUGAGUGUUGAAAACAGAAAACUACAGGAUAACAUAACCUCAGAACAAAUAGAUAGAAAAAUCCAAAAAAGAGAUGUUCAACAAAUCUUACAAAAAGUGCAUGGAGAAAAAAUAGAAAAUGUACAUGAAAAAAGCAAACAAUUAGAAAAAGGAAACUCAAUGCAAAAGGAUAAAGAAAACGAAAAAGUGACAUCGAAUCCACAGGUAAGGUUAACAGAACUCAUAAAAAAAAUAGAUAAAAAAAAUUUCAGUGAAGUGCUUGGAGAAAUCCUAAGAGAAAUGAAUGAAAAAAACAUAAAAUACAUGAAUAAAGAAACCCAAGAAGAAGUGAAAAAAAAAAUUCAAGAACUAAUGAAUAAUGAUGAUAUACAAGAUUCGGAUAAAAGAAAUUUAGAGGAUAUGUAUACGGAAAUCUUUAAAAAAAUAAGUACAUAUGAGUCAGAGGAAAUGUAUAAACAAGGCUUAAAUCAAAUUUUUGAAGAAAUGUUAAGAGAAUUAAAUGGUAUAAAAUUGGAAGAAAUUAAUGAAAAAGAACCAAAAGGACCUAUGGAAAUCCCAAAAGAACUCAAAAAAAGGCCAGGUGAUGAAGUAAAACUACAGAAUUUGGAUGAGGAUAAGUUAAAAGAAACGCAUAUAAAAGGCCUAACAAAUGCAAAUGCAAAAAACUUAGGAUAUUCUAAAAAUUGCUCUAAAUAUUCAUAUAAUUGUGAAGAUGCUCAAAUACAUUCACUAAUGGGAAUUCCUCAAGAAAGAGAAGCAUAUGAAAAUUACAUAAAAUUUAUUGAGAUGUCUAAUGAAUUAUCUACAAAACAUGAUUUUUAUGAUGAAUUUGUCGAAAACUUAUUUUCUGUUUAUAAUUCAUAUUUUAAUAUAACCAAUGAUAAUUUUAAUGUUGGAUCUAUAUCACUUUUUUUAUCUUUUAAAAAAUCUGAGAAAGAAUUAAGCAUUGCUGACUUUCAUUUAUCAUUAUAUGGAAAUAUAAAAAACAAUAAUGGUUUAGGUUCUACACAUCUAGCAACACGCCAUGAUGUAAAAUUAAAUUUAUAUGAAUUAAUAUUGCAAAAUAAAAUUAAUUAUCCUAACUUACCAGGAAAAAAAGUUAUUAAAUGUGAUAAUGCUGGUACAAAAGAAUUACAUGAGGAUAAGACUGGGGACAGUGAAGAUACAAAAUCAAAAUCUGAUUAUUCUAAUGAUGAUAAUGUGUGUAAUGCUAUUCAUAGAAGUAAUAUUAAUCCUAUGGGAGAAUUUUUUACAUUAAAUAGAUCAAAUGAUGAAUUAUAUGUUUCAGGAUUAUACGAUUUUCUCGACAAAUGUUUUAUAAAAAGUACCAAAAAUACUAAUGAUGAAGAACAAAAGAACAGUGAGAAAAAAGAUGAUGAAGAUGAAGAUGAGGAUGAAGAUAAAGAAGCAAAAAAAGAUAGGUUAUUUGGUGAACUUAAAGAGAGCAUAGUUAAUAAAGAUUUGGAAAAGUGUAAAAUGUCUUUUGAAACACUAAAAGCUUACUCUUCCGGAUUUUCUCAUAUAUUAUCCUUUUUUACUUUAAUGAUAAUUAUCAUAUAUAUAUGUUUAUAA